UGGGGCGGGGCGGGGGCGCUCCCGGCCCCACCCCGGGAUCCGGUGACGCCGGGGCUGGAAUUUGACACCGGACGGCGGCGGGCAGGAGGCUGCUGAGGGAUGGAGUUGGGCCCGGCCCCCAGACACGGCCCACGGGCUCCGCCAGCAGCAGGUCCCUCGGGCCCGGAGCCCCACACCCGAGGUGCCUCAAGAGAAGGGUAGGGGACCAGGACAUCACAGGCUGAUGGGAGCUCCUGGUGUUGCUAGAGAUGGAACUUGGACUCGGAGACCUCUCUGCACUGUUCCACUGCUCCUGGCCUAGGUGGCAGCCUGCCCUGUGGCCAACCCUGGCCGCUCUGGCUCUGCUGAGCAGCGUCGCAGAGGCCUCCCCGGGCCCCGCGCCCCGCAGCCCCGCCACCCGCGAAGGCCCCCUGGUGCCGGUGCGGGCGCUCGGCCUGGGCCACAGCUCCGACGAGCUGGUGCGUUUCCGCUUCUGCAGCGGCUCCUGCCGCCGCGCACGCUCCCCGCACGACCUCAGCCUGGCCAACCUGUUGGGCGCCGGGGCCCUGCAGUCGCCCCCGGGCUCCCGGCCGGUCAGCCAGCCCUGCUGCCGCCCCACGCGCUACGAAGCAGUUUCCUUCAUGGACGUCAACAGCACCUGGAGGACCGUGGACCGCCUCUCGGCCACUGCCUGCGGCUGCCUGGGCUGAGGGCUCUUUCCGGGGCUUUGCAGUCCGGACCCUAACCCGCGGAGCCUUCUGCCUGGGCCCCUCCCAUAGGGUUCCACCAGCCGGGGGCCUCAGCCACAGAUGGGGGCCUCAGGGCAGUGGCCCCAGCUGGGUGACUGAUGGACACAAGCCCUGGAGAGAUGGAGGGAUGACC